CUCAACUCCUAACCAUACAAAGCUCAGGGUCUGGCCAAAUUGCUCUUGAGGCCGUUUUACCAUCCUGAAUCCCAAAUUGACCAAUUUUCUAGUGAGAAGGCACAGGCUUUCGGCCCUGGAAAUUUUAUAAUGUCCACUCGCUAUUAAUUCCACUCUUUUGCGAUCUGGUAUUCGUCGAUCCAACAGUAUCCCGACUCUAUUCACAUCUGGAGCGGGAUCGUUCCUCAAGGAAUUCUGAAACACCAUAACCAUGGCCGCCAACGAUUACUACAACUCCUCGCCAUAUACGAACAAACCUGCUCAAUCGCCGAACCUUCAUGGCCCGCUUCCCCCGCUACCGUUUAAUUCGUCACCAUCUUUGCCGAAUGUAGACCCCCACGGCUAUUCAAUGUCAGGCGCAACAACACCGCCUGAUCAUUCUGCAUAUUCAUACUAUACUCCUCCAGCACACCAUAGCCAGCAAAGCCUGGGAUCGGACACCACGUACUAUGGUCCGGUCAGUGGAAGGAUACCAAACCAAAGUGGAGACUCCGAUGAGAUACCGUUACGACCGCAUCCACAGCAAACAGAUGCAGAAGCGUGGGCAGCGCAGAAUGCCGGACCACCUCCGGCGCAGCCAUUACCAAAGCGGCGGGGAAGGAAAAAGGAUAAACCACGAUCAUUUUUCAAACGACCGUGGGUAGUGUACUGCUUGACCAUUGUUCAAGUGGCCGUGUUCAUUGCCGAACUCGUAAAGAAUGGUAAACUGACCGGUUCGCCCAUCAUGAUCCAUCCUACUUUCAACCCAAUGAUUGGCCCCUCAACCUAUGUCUUGAUAAACAUGGGUGCGCGUUUCGUACCCUGCAUGAAGGCUCUCGAUGGAGUUCAAAAUGCAAAGACUCCUAUCAAUUGGCCUUGCCCAAACUGUACGACUUCGGAUGCUACCAGCCCGACGAUGCAGUGUUCGCUCUCCGAGCUUUGCGGUUUUUCAGGAGUUCCGAAUCCCAAGCCUAAUGGUUCGCUCAGUGAUCAACCUCAACCUGACCAAUGGUUCCGUUUCAUUGUACCCAUCUUUUUGCAUGCAGGAUUUAUUCAUAUUGGAUUCAACAUGCUGCUUCAAUGGUUGUUGGGCUCGGAGAUGGAAUUAUCGAUUGGUUCAUUACGAUUUGCUCUAGUAUACUUUAGCAGUGGUAUUUUUGGAUUUGUCCUCGGAGGAAACUAUGCUGCGACCGGUAUCGCUUCUACCGGUGCAUCUGGCUGCCUCUUCGGCAUCCUUGCUCUAAACAUUCUCGAGCUUCUUUACACCUGGAAAACGCGUCGCUCACCAGGUGUGGAGCUCAUUUGGAUUCUUGUCGAGGUGGUCAUUUCAUUCGUUCUUGGCCUGCUGCCUGGACUGGACAACUUUUCCCAUAUUGGCGGAUUCCUUAUGGGACUUGUACUGGGCAUCUGCCUUUUGCGCUCUCCGGACUCUCUGCGCCAGAGGACAGGGCAAGGAGAUCCGCCAUACGCACCUGUUGUGCCACAUAGGGAUGCCGGACAGCCCUCCUUCGCUGCCAAGCUCAAGUCCGUUCCGGGGUUCUUCAAGCAUCGCAAGCCUUUAUGGUGGGCAUGGUGGCUCAUUAGGGCUGCCGCUUUGAUCGGUGUCCUUAUUGGGUUUAUCGCGCUGAUCAAUAGCUUCUACACGGGAAGUAAUACCUGCAAAUGGUGCAAGUACCUAAGCUGCUUGCCCGUAAAAGGCUGGUGCGACAUAGGAAACCUUCAUCUCGGAAACUCUACCUCAAGCAACAAUAACAAGCGGGAUCUCUUUGGUUUUGACGACGCCAUCUUCCUCUAAUCCUCUCGCGAAUACCCCAAGAUCGUGCAUCAGAUGGACGUUAGUUAGAGCUCUGACUUUAUUUCCUUCAUUCGAGGCAUUCGCAUGAGUGUGCAGCCCUCUUUCAGCUUUAUUCACAAUUGCCCAAUAGCAUCACCGGCGUUUACAGAAGGGGGCCAACUGUUUUUUUUUUUUUUUAUCUCAUUUCGCACUGCAAUGCAUUUGGCGUUGGAACUUGAUAGAUGUUUUUCUUUGAUGGGCA